AAGUGGCUGAACUUCUCCAGAGCUGCAGACAUAGACACUCACUUAGCCAAGGGGGAAUCUCAUAAUGUAAGGAAGGGGGUUGAAGUAUUUCGUACAGUAGCUUUAGGGAAGAGGAGUAUAUAGUAUAAUGCAAACUAAGCACAAGAAAAAAGACUUUUAAAUAGAUACGACGUUGGAUACAAAACAUCUGGAUAGAUAUUUGAAAAGAGACUACAGACAGUGUGGUGCUGGAGCCGAGCAGGGGCCAUGUAAACCUGAUACCUCUGAGCUGUGAAGAAGUGGGAUCCUAAGGAAUAAGAGGCUAAAGCACUGACUGCCUAUGAAAAAGAGGUCCAGAGGAGGACAGGACUGCUGUGGAUGGCUACCCAGUCAUCUCCGCUGCUCUUCAAGACAUGGCCCUGAUGUUAUGGCUCAGGAUGCACUUGAAGAGAAGACCAUUUGUUCGCCUCUGUCUUUUGUUCAUUUUCUCUCUGGUGUUAAUUAACAGUUUUCCUGCAUUGCCUACAGACACAAAUGGAGUUACUGAUCAUCAACGAUCACAACACAGAAAAGUAGUCCGACAUAAGCGACUAUGGACUGACACCACAGACUCCAGUCCUGGCCUUAUUCAAACUGCUGACCACAAAAGUUGGGAAUCUGGCCUGAACAGUUACAGGGUAGACAUGUGCUCAUUUCUGAACUCCAGCCACAGCUGUAAGGAAAAACAUUAUUUAGGUCAGCUUAGCAAGCAAUCCGGAUGGAAAAAUAAUUAUUAUCAAACCAAAGAGAAGAGAUCUGUAACCAAUAAACAGUUACUUGCUGUAAGCCAUGCCACAGAAACAAAACCAAAAAGCCUUAUACUGGCAGCCAAUAUAAACAAAGUUAUACAUAAUUAUUCAGGAUCAAGAGGAAUCCUUGCAGGCAAGGAUCCUCAUAAUCUAAAGAAAAGUGUCAUAUAUCUACCAAUGCCAGUUUUAGUAAAAAACAAUCAUUUUGAAAAAUCUAAAACUAAACUUCAAUCCCUGCUCAAAAACUAUUCAAUAGGUCUACCAGAAUCUCAACCCCACAAAACAGAUGAACAUGUGUUUCCAUUAGGUAGGUUUCCAGCCUUGCAGGACACAGACUCUGCAAGCAAUGGGGAAAGAGCCAGGGAGAACUUGAGUAAUACAACGGCUCCAUUCCAGGACUCUUCAGUAAACUAUAAAAUCAAUUUAGUCUCUGACUGCAUAAAAUUCCAGUCUAAAAAGUCUAAGCAAUAUCUUAAAGAAGAAAGGUUCACUGAGAAUGCUCCUCCUUGGUUUACAUCAGAUGAUUUGCAGAAGAUGAAGUUGCUCUCUGAGGGGGGAAUUGUAGAUAAAUCAAGAAUCCCUGCUCACGGACAGGUUCUUAAAGUUGCACUUUGUGCCAGCCAUAUGGAUGAACAAUGUCAUCAAAAGAAUGAUUGCAACCGAGGCUUGGGUGGGUUAAUUAAAAGACCAAGUGAUUUAUAUGAAGUUCUAGCUUUCCAUCUUGAUAGGGUUCUUGGGUUGAAUCGUAGCCUCCCAGCAGUUGCCCGAUUAUUCACAGACAACCUAUUGCCAUACAAGUAUACCAAUGGUGCACCAAGGCCAAUUGUGUGGUGGGCACCUGACAUUAAACAUUUAAAUGACACCAACAAUGACCAGAAUUCUCAUGCUCUGAGCUGGCUGGAAUAUCAGCACAUGUUAAAGCAUAGGUGUGGCAUGGAGGACUCUCUUACUUCCAUGGAUACAGCCCCAUGUGUUGGCAUUAAACAUACAGAGUGGUCUAAAUUGGCUUUGUUUGAUUUUCUCCUGCAGGUUCAGGAUCGACUAGACAGAUACUGCUGUGGAUUUAACCCUGAUCCAACAGAGCCUUGUGUGGAGGAGCUGCUACAUGACAAAUGUCGCAACCAGAAUGAACUUGUUUUAGUACAUAUUCUGGUGCGUCAUAGCGACCCUUCUCACUUGGUUUACAUUGACAAUGCUGGGAGGCCCAAUCACCCUAAUAACAAUUUGAAUUUUAGGAUUUUGCAAGGAAUUGAUGGGUUCCCUGAAUCAGCAGUGCAAGUGCUGAGGUCGGGAUGUUUACAGGACAUGCUAUUAAGGUCACUGGAGAUGGACCAUAUAUUCUGGCGCAGCCAAGGAGGCUUCAAGGGAGUAAAGAAAUUGGUAGAAACCAUUCAGCAGAGAGGACAGAUCAUUUUGGAGUACAUAGAAAAACACACAAUACCCCUUAUUUCUAACCUAUAACUACCUGUUCACCUCCAAGAACUGGAAAAUUUUGAGAUAUGAGACAACAACAAAAAGAUAGAAAGAAAAGCUGUUGAAAAUGAUAAAAAAAAAGGGUUAAAAAAAAUAAGCUAUAAAGUCUGUACAACAUAGACAAGCGACAAUGUCACGUGGGCGUCUUCACGGCAGCUGUAGAUAGGAAAAAUAGCUAAAUAUAAAAGAGAAAACACUCUGACCAAAAGGACAAUUAACAAAAUGUG